AUGGGUGAACAUACCCUCGACUGGCUCCGAGAGAAAGCAAUCGGCUGGAGUCAUACGCCUCCAAUAAACAAGAUUGACACUCACCAUCAUUUUGUGCCAGAUUUCUAUGCUAAGGCUGUAGAAGAGCAAGGAGGUGACCCAAGUGGCUGGCCUACCCCCAGUUGGAGCCCCUUAGCUUCGAAGCUGUUGAUGAAACGUGUUGGGGUGCAGACAGCAGUGCUUUCUGUUACGGCCCCGGGCGCCUGUGUCGUUCCAGACCGCCAGAAACGAGCCCAACUGGCAAGAAAAUUGAAUAAAUAUGCUGCUGAUCUGCGGGACCGUGAGCCUGAACGUUUCGCCUUCUUCUUAUCCUUGCCCAACAUUCUCGACACUGAGGAUGCUCUCGCAGAGAUUGCAUAUGGCCUAGAUACCCUCCACGCCGAUGGGGUCACGCUAUUUACCCGCUACGGCUCCUCAAACACCUAUCUUGGACAUCCUGAGGUGGAGCCCAUCUGGGCUGAACUAAAUAGACGAGGUUGUGUCGUGUUCAUCCAUCCAACUCAUCCAGUCGAUACCAACCCCGUCAACCCAAAGUUGCCACAGCCAUCCGUUGACUACCCCCACGAAACGACACGAACCGCGAUGGAUAUGAUUACCAACGGAACCCGCUUCAAGUUUCCCAAUUGCAAAGUCAUACUUUCACACGCAGGGGGGGACCCUACCGUAUUUGAUUUCUCGAGUGACGACGCCUAUGAAACGCGCACCGGACUUUGCACAUUAAGCUCGUCGCCACAGGUUCUGGAUACACUCUUGAAGAUGGUUCCGCAUGACCAUAUUCUGUACGGGAGCGACUUCCCAUAUGCCCCGAUUCCUGCCUAUCCAGCAUUCCUCCAGGAACUUGAGUCGUAUGAGAUGGAUGAAGAGUUGAGGAAGAUGAUCAAUUUUGGGAAUGCGCUCAAGCUGUUUCCAGAGCUUGCAAGCAGGAGAGGCUCCAUCUUGUAA